AUGUCAUCGGAGGAAAUUCAAUUGGCACAAUGCCAACAGUAUGUACAACGUCACAAUAUUCAGCAACUUGUCAAGGAAGCAAUCGUAAAUUUAUGUAUUCAUAAGCCAAAUGAUCCAAUUCUCUUUUUAAAAGAGCACUUCGAAAAAAUUUACGAACAGCGAAAUCAGGAAAAUAUUGGUGAUACGGAACAAGUUGAUGAUGAUGAUACAAUUGAUGAACCACCUAAAUUGCAACAAGGCAAUCGACGACGAUUGGCUGUUAGUGCUGAGGUGCCGGACGAAAAUGAAGCAGCAAAUUACGAUAAGGUAGUAAUACCAAAAGACGAAGAAACGAAACGAGCACUUGAAUUCGCUAUGUGUAAGAAUGUCCUUUUUUCACACUUAGAGGUUGAUGAGCAAAAGGCCAUUUUUGAUGCAAUGUUUCCUGUGGAAAAAGGAAAAGGUGAAACUAUAAUCAAACAAGGCGAAGAGGGCGAUAAUUUUUAUGUAAUCGAUUCAGGAGAGGUUGAUGUAUAUGUAAAUAAUGAAUAUACAUUAUCAAUAAAAGAAGGUGGAAGUUUUGGUGAAUUAGCAUUAAUCUAUGGUACACCACGAGCAGCGACGGUUAUUGCUAAAACGGAUGUGAAAUGUUGGGCAAUUGAUCGAAUAACGUAUCGGCAAAUAUUAAUGGGUUCGACUAUGCGUAAGAGAAAAUUGUACGAUGAAUUCUUAUCCAAAGUUCAAAUAUUAUCUGAUCUCGAUAAGUGGGAGCGUGCAAACGUUGCGGAUGCAUUAGAGCGAUGUGAUUUUGAACCAGGAACUCAUGUUGUCGAACAGGGACAACCCGGUGACGAAUUUUUCAUUAUUGUCGAAGGUGAAGCAGAUGUUCUACAAAAGCGAAGUGAUGAUGCGCCUUUUGAAGUUGUCGGUCACCUUUCUUCAUCGGAUUAUUUUGGGGAAAUAGCAUUGUUGUUGGAUCGACCACGCGCAGCAACAGUAGUUGCAAAGAGUUUAUUAAAAUGUGUGAAAUUGGAUCGAGCUCGUUUUGAGCGUGUUAUGGGGCCAGUGCGUGAGAUACUUAAACGUGAUUUAUCAAAUUAUAAUUCAUAUGUAAAAUUAAUGACAUAA